GAGAAAAUGAAAAGAUAACAAACAACUGAGGAACUUAAACACGGUGAGAUGAACAUACAUCGUUGUUCACCUUACAGUUUUUUUCCCUUUUUAUACUCCUCUAUGAUUACAAGUUAAUUGAUGAAACUGUGCUUAUUUGCAUAAUAAACAGUGAAACAAUAAAUCUCAUCUAAUUUUACAAUUUAUUAAUAUCAAGAAGAUACAUCAUUUUUCUUUAUUUCAAAACUGAAGUUAUUCACCAGUUAAUUUGCAGUGAUAUUAGCUAUUUCCAAAGAAGAUAAAAUUUAAAUUAAUACAUGAGUGAACUCAACUUAGAAUUGAAAAGACCAGUUGUUAUAUGUGGUCCAUCAGGAUGUGGAAAAAGCACAUGUAUAAGAAUGCUUAUCAGCAAAUAUCCGAAUUCUUUUCGUUAUUGUGUAUCCCAUACCACUCGGCCAAGACGUCCAGAUGAAAUUCAUACAAGAGAUUAUAAUUUUGUGUCAAAAGAAGAAUUUGAUGAAGCAAUAAGUAAAGACGAAUUUAUUGAAUACGUAAUGUUUUCUGGACAUUAUUAUGGGACAAGUAAAUCUGAAUUGAAAAAAGCUGAAUUGGAGAAACGUGUCUGUUUAAUGGAUGUCGAUAUACAAGGUGUUGAAAAGCUACAGAAAACAAAUAUCAAUCCAAUUUGUAUUUUUAUACGUCCUAGAACUUUUGCUAUACUUGAAAAACGAUUAAGAUCUCGUUCUACAGAAAGUGAAGAUAGAAUUCUUCAACGUCUUGCAGUUGCACAUCAGGAAAUGCAGUACGCCAGAGAUACAGAUGUCCCAUCCUGCAUACCAUGAAGCUCGAUCAUACUGGGCCGUAGACAGAUAUCAUCGACGGCAACGUAUGGUUGUUUCAAAUUAUCACGAACUGAUUGAAAUAUGAAAUGUUAAACAUUAAAUAUCAACUUAGUGGUUUAAGUAUGAAAAUUUCCCCACUACACCUGAAGCUCAUGUGUUGGAUUUCUGGUGUUGCUAUGGAUGCGGACUGUUGAGGAUGUCCAUACAAGGAUAAGGUAUAUCUGAAGGGAAAUUUGAUGCUGUUAUUGUUAAUGAUAAUGCUGAUAAAAUGGUACAAGAAGUUAUUGAUGUAAUAAAACAAAAAUUGAGCAUUUAAUGAAAUAAAUAUUAUGGACAAUAUAUCUCACAAUUUAUCAAACUCUUUAUUGAAGAGAAUUUAUUAAGAUUAUCUUUUAUGAAUUACAUCAUGUUAACAAGGAAUGGACUAUUUAAUUCGUGUACCCUGUGAUGUAUUUUUAUGAAUAAAAUUGCAUUUAUUUCAU